AUGGCUAACAACCAAUCCGCCAUUGCUCUCUCCCGUAAUCCUGAGUUUCACAAACGGACGAAGCAUUUCAACGUGAAGUUCCAUUACCAGCGAGCUGUUCUGAAUUCAGGAGAGAUUAGUCUCGAAUAUAUUCCAACCGAGGAACAAGCAGCUGAUGGACUCACCAAGCCUUUAGGGCCUUCUCCAUUUAUUAAGUUCUGCAAGCUUUUGGGAAUCUGCACUGAAGAACACAUGAAGGAAGAUGUGUAA